CUGCGUAAUGCUGUGUAAUGGAUCCCUUGAUUGCACUACACAGGUACUAUGCGAGAACUGGCAGCACUUCGAUCUGCGCUUACCAGAGCACACUAAGAAGAAGAAUAUGCUAUUGGUUGCCCAUAAUGGACUGCGUAAUCGGUUGGCCUCAAAACUGAAUAUGGGCGAUAUGCUAAUGAUGGAAUGGGAUGAUCCACUUACCGAACUUGCCAAUCGCUAUCAUGUCCAUUGUUUGAUACACAGAGUAGACGAUUGCGGAAACGAGACAGUAAUCGAUGAGGGCACGAUCUAUAAAAUGCAGCACGAGCGUGUAUAUGGAGGCAGACGUAAGGAUAUAGCCCGAAAUACAUUCUUUUUACCCAUCAAUCAAAUACACUCCAACUUCAUUGAGUUGGCUUUAGUCAAUUGGUAUUUUGAUCAUCAAAAACUGCCGAGACCGAAGCUUACCAAUUAUGAGACUUUCAAAUAUUAUGAGCUUAUAGGAGAUAACAAUUUUACGCAUAUGAUGUGUCCGCAAACAUAUCGUAUCGGCUGCUCAUAUGCAAAGCCACGUCGUCGCAUGCAGCGCGAAUAG